CUUUCCCCACAACCUCGCAUUCACCGACCUCCGGCGACAGACCUCGAUCACACCGAGCAUGCGGCAGCCACGAAGAAUAUACUUAGACUAGAAGCUCGCGUGCGCCGAGCCCAUCCCCCACAUAGCAUUCCAGGACGCGGUACCGCGGCGGUUUCGGCUCGCUUAGGGCUUCUUCGUUCCUCGCCGCGUCUAUUCUCGCCGGUGCCAAGCGCUCGCAGCGCAGCGUGCAUCUUCCGUCGGCGGUAACGGCGAGCUCGGCGGGGGGCGAGAGAGAAGCGCAGCAGAUCUCAGACACCGGCGCGGAGCGUUCGGCGCACGUUCACUAGUGUCGAGCUUUGAGCUUCGAGCCUAGGUCAUGACCAAACAACUCAAGAUUCGGCGCCGUCCCGCGCGCUUAAUAGCGUGUGGGCUGCUCGUGUUUGCGCUCUUCCUCCUCUCCCCGCUCAGCCUCCCCAACUCGCUGGACCUAGAGCGAAGCCACGCCGCCGCCGCUGGGAUGAAGUCGUCUCUCCUCGUCGCCGCGCUUGCCGGCGUCGUGCCCUUCCUUGCCGGGUGCGACGCCGCGAGCAUCGCCAACACCAACAAGUGCACGCCGUGGACGCCGGUCGGCGCCGAGCCGUCCGGAUCCAAGGCGCUCGACGCGCUCGUGCGCCGCCGCCUUCCGAAGAACCUCCAGAACGCCUUCACGUUCGUCGAGAACACUGGCGCGGCGUGUGCCGUCACCAACGCCACGACCGAGUUUGACGCGUUCACCGUCACCGCCAAGAACGGCAAGGUGACCAUCAAGAGCUGCACGACCUCCGGCCUGUCCCGCGGCCUGCUCGAGUACCUCCGUUCGAUUGGCGGCGACAUCUUCUGGUCGGGCGACACGUUUGCGCACAACCAGCUCAAGAUUGCCGACUCGAGCCUCGAGGGCGGCGCGUGGGGCUCGAUCCGUUACUUCCUCAACGUCGUCACAUACUCGUACACAACCGCCUUCUACCAGUGGGACAAGUGGGAGUACCUGCUCGACUGGGCGGCCCUCCACGGCGUCAACCUUCCCCUGGCUGUCGGAGGACAGGAGUAUGUCUGGGCCGAGGUCCUCCGCGACUACGGCCUGAGCGAGGACGUCAUCCUGCCUUACUUCUCGGGCCCGGCCUUCCACUCGUGGCAGCGCAUGGGUAACAUCCACUCGUCGUGGGGCAUGAACGUGACUCAGAGCUGGCUGGACUCGCAGUGGGCGCUGCAAAAGAAGAUUGUCUCCCGCAUGAUCGCGCUCGGCAUGACUCCUGUUCUGCCUGGAUUCAGUGGCUUUGUGCCCCAGGAGCUGCACGACAAGAUUGGCGGCCCCCAGUUCAUUCAGGCGUCGGCGUGGGAGGCUCUCCCCGAUGCUUACACCAAGAACACUGCCCUCGACCCCACCUGGUCGACGUUCCACACUGUCCAGCAGGCCUUCAUCAAGAAGCAGCAGCAGCUGUACGGUGGCUGGACGUCGCACCACUACUCGAUCGACCUAUACAAUGAGCUCACCCCUUCGUCCAACGCCCCGAGCUACCUCGCCAACGUGACCUCCAACGUUGUCAGCUCGCUGCGCGCUGCCGACGACCAGGCCACGUGGGUCAUGCAGGGCUGGCUCUUCGCCUCGGACCCCAAGACGUGGACCACGCCGGCCAUGCAGGCCUACCUCACUGUUCCGGAUGAGAAGUCUCUGAUCGUCCUCGACCUUGCGUCCGAGAUCCUGCCCGUCUGGAACCGUACCCAGAACUUCUUUGGCCGCCAGUGGGUCUGGAACACGCUCUGGGAUUAUGGACAGAACAGCGGCUUGAACGGCAACCUCGAGUGGUUUGCCGAGGGUGUCACGGCCGCGCGCAAGGCCUCGCCCGGUACGCUCCUCGGCACUGGUAUCACUAUGGAAGGCAUGAACCAGAACGAAAUCGUCUUCGAGAUGGCCAUGGACCACGUCUGGAAGACGUCCAAGAUUGACGUCCCCACCUGGACCCAGUCGUGGGUCCAGCGCCGCUACGACCUGGCCAACAACAAGGCCGGCGCUUCCCUUGCCCAGGACGCGUGGACGCACCUCCUCGCUUCGGCGUACAACCAGACGGACCCCGCCGUGCAGGCCGUCUCCAAGUCGAUCUUUGACCUCGUCCCUGCUCCCAGCGGCCUCAUCAACCGCACUGGCCACCACCCGACUGAGCUGCCAUGGAACACGACCCAGGUUGUCGUCGCCCUCGACAAGCUGAUUGCCGCUGCCGACGCCGACCCGGGACUCAAGUCGGUCGACGCGUUCAAGUAUGAUAUUGUCGAUGUCGCUCGCCAGGUCCUCCUGUCGGCCGGUAUCCCCGUGUACCAGCAGAUGAUCGCGGCGUGGAACACGACGACGCCCGACCUUGGCAAGGUCCGCAGUGCUGGCGCGCAGAUUGUCGACCUUCUCAACGACGUCGACACCAUCCUUGGCACCAACAAGAACUUCCUCCUCUCCACCUGGAUCAAGGAUGCGCGUUCAUGGUCCUCGGACAAGACGCUCCAGGACUUUAUGGAGUACCAGGCCCGCAACCAGAUUGUGCUCUGGGGCCCUGCCGACUUUGACCUGUGGAAACUGGACCGUUACGCAUCCAAGGACUGGCACGGUGUUGUGUCGAACGUGUUUGCCCAGUCGUGGCAGCAGUUCACGACGUACUUGACCGAGCACCCUGCUGCGACGUACAACCAGUCAUUGUGGUCGCACCAACUGCAGGCGUUCGAGGCCGAGUGGCAGAACGAGAUCUGGGGCCAGCGCGCUGGCGAGUCGUGGUCGGCGACUGGCGACGCCGUCUCGAGCAUCAAGAAGGCGCGCAGCAAGUGGGCUGCGCUGCUCUAGGCGCCGCGCCACCGACAGUGGACACUACAUCAUGUAUAAUGGAUUUAGG